CUACAUUCACGGACACCAUUUACAACACAUACGCUAAAGCACGUUCAGCUUUGCACUAGGUAGCGUGCACACGUCGGGAACGCGCCUUGCAUUGCCAGUGAGUCCGGACUUUUUAACUUGGAUCCUUCCUGCUCGAAGAAAUGGCCUCCCAAGUCAGACUGAGGCUGCUGCCACAUGCCAGGUGUUUAUUUGACGAGCCCAUUCAGGUGAAGGUCGCUGGGUUGAGGUCGAAGCAGAUGGUCACCAUGAAAGCCAGGUCCACCGAUGAGCGAGGAGUUGUGUUCAGCUCCUCGGCCACCUACAGAGCUGAUGGCAGCGGAGAGAUUGACCUAGACAGAGACCCAUCACUCAGUGGGAGCUAUGCUGGAGUAGAACCUAUGGGUCUGCUGAGGUCACUGAAGGCGGACACCUUGCACCAAUACUUUUUUAAGAACAAAGCUUUAGACCCUUUCACUGUGAAGUUCUCUGUACAUGAGGAAGAGGGCAGGGUGCUGGCAGAGGCAACUAAUGAGAGGAUUCUGAUGGGAAAUGGGGUCAGUCGGGUUUCUGUCAAAGAGGGGAACAUUCGUGGAGUGCUCUUUAUUCCUCCAGGAGAGGGUCCGUUUCCUGCUGUGAUGGAUCUGUGCACCUUCAUGUCUGAGAAAAGACCCAGUCUUCUGGCCAAUAAAGGCUUUGUAGUUCUUGCAGUACCUGUGUUCAGUGACAAGCCUGGCAACUUCGAAAAGAUGCACCUGGAUCACUUUGAAGAAGCAGUGCAGUUCUUACAACAACUGCCUCAGGUGGGCGGUAAAGGAGUUGGCGUGAUAUCAAGAUCAAAGGGAGGAGAUAUCGCGCUUUCACUUGCUGCUUUUGUGCCAGGUGUCAAAGCUGUAGUUUGGAUCAACGGUUGCAGCGCCAACGUUGGCAUUCCCCUCUACUACAAGAAACAACAGAUCCUCUCUCCAUUAAUGUUUAACUUCAAUGAGAUGAUUCCCACUGAGUCAGGUGCAAAUAUAAUCAAGUAUGCUGUUCAUAAUCCUCUGGAGGAGGAAAACAAGGGAAGUCUGGUCCCCAUCGAACACUCCAUGGCACAUUUCCUUUUUGUGGCCUCAGAGGACGACCUGAACUGGGACAGCAAGGGGUAUAUGGAUGAGAUGGUUGAGAGACUGAAGCGUCAUGGAAAGAAAAACUUUGACAGUGUGUGCUAUCCUGCAGCUGGACACCUACUGGAACCACCUUACGGACCACACUGUCCGUCAGCUUUACAUGGGAUGCUGAACUUCCCUGUUGUUUGGGGAGGUGAACCCAAGGCCCAUGCUAAAGCUGAAGUCCACCUGUGGAAAAAGCUACAGGAGUUUUUAAGAAGUCACCUGAGCUGUGAUGCUACAGAGACUAAAUCUAAAAUGUAGUUAUAGAUAAAUGAAAGAAUCUGAGCAGAUACUUGUGUAAUUAUGAACGACUGCUCAGAGUUUUGUAAUUAAUCAGUUUUUGAUGGUGCAGAAAGGUUGUUUUUUUCCUGUUCUAUUAACAAAUCAAUAUUUAGAAGAUAAAAAUAAAAUAUCCAACUUACUAAAAUAUUCAGGCUUUGUUAAAUAAAGUAGCUUGAUGUUUGCUGAACUUACAAAAUGAUUUCAUGUACCAAGAGAUGCAUUGGUGUGUCAUCUUACAUCUUGGUGACUGUAAGCUGUUCAGGUUCUAAGGCUGCAAAACAAGCCCAAAUCAUCAAACUUCCAUCACUGUGCUUGAAAAUUGGUAUGAGGUGUUUGUGUUGAAAUGGUUAAUUUGGUUUUCACCAAAUGUGAUGCUGUGCUUUAUGACUAAACGUCCCUACUAUGGUCUGAUGUAAAAUGAUGAUAGUUUGGAAAUGGCUUUAUAUCCCUUCCCAGAUUGGUAUGGAGCAAAAUAUUUUAUCUAACAUCAUUGCUGAUGUCUUUCUUCAGUUGCCAUGUGUUAACACACACUUGAAUGUUCCAUGGUAGCUCACUUCCAAAACCUCUCCUGUCAGAGAAUCAAGUGAUAAUGAGAGAUUGAUGCGUUUUGUUAACAGCAUCUGGCUGCUACUAACCCUCUAAAUUCUUAAAUAAUGACAACAUGUAAUCUGUUGGUAAUAUGAAGUUGUGUACUAAUUUUAAGAUCUAUAUUCUUCUUCUGAUCGUAUACAUAAAACCUUAGAAAUGAAAAUAUUAUUUUCCACAUGACUAUGUAUUAGAACAUAAAAGCAAUACUCUGUUUCCCUACAAGGGUUAGUUUAAGCUUAAAUACACCUGAUUUUAACAUUUAGAUUUUUUUGUAUUUGUGGGAUCAUAUAAAUGUGGAGUUAAAAAAACAGAUGUCCUGAAUUGGGAAAACAAGAGAAUCAGAGGAUGAGCUCAACUUGGACAGCAAACAUAAAAUGGAUGAGAUGGUGAAGAGACUGAAGCAUCAUGGGAAGAAAAACUUGGACACUAUGGUAACUGUGGUUACAGUGAAAAGGGAAAAUUCGAUAAAUGUGUUUUCUAAACUCAUGUUCUAUAAGCUACAAACUUAGACAAAUGUUUAUCAAGUGUAGCAAAACUGUUAAAAUGUUGAUACAAACUUAAACAAAUAGCAUAAAAAUAAAUGGAGCUGAGCUGACACCACCAGUGUCGCAGCUGGGAAAGGUUGGAAGACCACUCCAAUGUCCCCUUCUGACUG